AUGGCCGUCAAGCAGCUCAUUCCUGUUGGGCCACAGAUCUUGUCAUUCCAGGUUGCAGUGACUUUCGAGGAUGUGGCUGUGCUCCUCUCCCAGGAGGAGUGGGACCACCUAGGUCCUGCUCAGAGGGACCUCUACAGGGAUGUGAUGCUGGAGACCUAUGGGAACUUGGUCUCAUUGGGAAACCGAGGCUUGAAACCAGAUGUCAUCUCCCGGCUGGAGCAUGGGAAGCGCCCUGGGCCCAACACUCACUAA